CCAACUUUCCAUGAGUUCGACAAUCCUGAUCGUUGGUGCAGGGACCUGGGGAAUCUCUACAGCAUUGCACCUGAAAAGGUCUGAUCACUAUUUCUGUUCAGCGUUCCACACACGAUUCAGAGGUAUUGACAUGCUGCCANGGCGAGGAUACAAACACGUCACUCUCCUCGACCCUUACCCUGUACCGUCUCCUAUAUCCGCUGGUAACGAUGUCAACAAGAUUCUCGAAUUAGGCACUUUUGCUGCUGGCGCCGACUCGGACGAACGUUUUGUUGCAAACACCUUGAUCAACGAAGCAACCAAAGGAUGGCUCGAAGAUCCUGUAUUCAAGCCGUACUUCCACGAGACUGGAUGCAUCAUUGCUGCAACUUCAGAGGCUGGGCGUUCUCAUAUGAACUCUGCUAGUGGCCCAAGCGAGGAUGCAGGCUGGGUACCACUCAAGACGAAAGAGGAUUUCCAAGCAACCAUGCCAAAAGGUGUCCUCACCGGAGACUUCCCAGGCUGGGAGGGCUGGUGGAUGAAAAAAGGCUCUGGGUGGAUUCAUGCCAGAAAGUCUAUGGAGAGUGCAGCCAGAGAAGCAGAACGUUUGGGUGCAGUCUUUGUCACUGGUGAGGAGAAGGGCAAGGUCGAAAGCCUCAUCUUCGAGAACGGUGAUGUAGAAGGAGCCAAGACACUAGAUGGGGUUGAACACAGAGCAGACCGUACCAUACUUUGUGCUGGUGCAAAUGCAGGAAUUAUCUUCGACAUGAAGGAUCAAUUGCGUCCGACAGCCUGGACUCUAGCUCACAUCAAGAUGACANAAGAGGAGUUGCAGCUGUUCAAGAACCUGCCAGUCCUGUUCAACAUCGAACGAGGAUUCUUUAUGGAGCCUGACGAGGACAAGGGCGAACUGAAGAUGUGUGACGAACAUCCCGGCUAUUGUAACUGGACUGUUGACCCACAGAACUCUCAACGGUCCAGUGUACCUUUCGCAAAACAUCAGAUCCCCAAAGAGGCAGAAGAACGAGCCAGAGGUUUCCUGCGCGAAACAAUGCCGCAUCUUGCGAACAGACCAUUUAGCUUUGCCCGUAUCUGUUGGUGUGCAGAUACUCCGAAUCGUGCGUUUUUGAUCUCCAAACAUCCCGAGUAUCCCAGCCUUGUGCUUGGAUGUGGUGCAUCAGGCCAUGGUUUCUGUCACAUUCCAGUAAUUGGUGGAUUG